AUGUCAGAAACUCCAGCACGUCGGACGCGUGGUUCUACUCGAAUGAGCGCAACGCCCGCUGCGCCCUCGGUCGCUGGAAGUCGCAGGCCUCGUGCCAAAACGCCCAAAGCUCUUCCUGCUGUACCGACCGGCAAAUCGCAUGCCUACGGCGCAGCUGGAAAGGUGGAAUUGUCGACCCAACUCGAGGACCCCUCUGGCAGCGCUGGCGGGUUUGCUGCUCGCUUUCGUGCAGAUAGAGGUGCUGCCGUCAGCCGCGACAUUGGCGAUGCUGUUAUUCCCGAUACAUUACCUGCACCUUCUACAAACACAAUCAAGGCACCCACCAUUACCAGGCCAGCUAGCACUAGACCAAUCACUUCGAAGUCGUCCGUUGCCACUACCAGUAUCCGAUCAACCCAGAAAAUUACAACGCCUUAUUAUCUGCAACCACGGGCUCACGACAGUACUGACAAUGAUGACUUUGAGGAUGAAUACCAGCCGCCCGGCUUCGUACCUACUGGUGGCCCCUUGUUUCGUCGUGCGCCGUCUACAGGUGCUGGUAGCUUCACUGACUUGGACACGCAAUUCUCCUACGAAGCAUCGAUGCCUCCUUCUACUAGAUCUCGAAGAGUCGCAGAGAUACGACCUCCACCUACGACGCAGGAGAGAGAAGCUGCUCGACCUUGGAGAGUAUCUGUCUUCUUCGAGACGUUGCACCGUCGAUGGCAAGAUUUCGAAGUACCUUGGGACAAAUUCUCACCACAGAUUAGGAGAAUUUGUCUUGCCNNCUUGACAGCCUUCUUGCUUCUUUUUCUCUUUGAACCAGGUAGAUGGCUUAGUCUCUUGGAAAGAGGCUCACACGCAUGCUUUAGGGCCGGCGAAUACGCCAUGAGUCCGCUCUCAUAUCUUCAACGAAGAGCCUUUGGUUCUGGCGAAGAUGGUCUGUCGAGACGUAUGCAAACUCUAGAGCUUGACAUGCAAGGUAUGAGAAAUCAAGUACGAGGUCUAAAUACCGAAGGAAUCGAGCGCCUGCAAUCAAUCCUGCCCGAGCAAAUCAUGGUCCGCAAAAAUCCCGAGACUGGCGAACUGGAAUUNCCCCCUGGUUUCUGGCAAGCAAUGGACGCAAAACUGGAUCAACGCGACAAUGGAAACAUCUGGAACAAGUUUGUGCAAACCAACCAGAAGAAACUUGAACAACACGCUCAAGACAUUGUCGAAAAGACGCUAAGACAUCAAAAAAUCAUCAGCAAGGAAGACUUGGCUGCCGCUGUCAGCGAGAACCAUGCAGGAUUUCAAGAGAAUUUCUCUGCGCAGCUGCGUGCAUUCGAGACGUCAGUCCGCAAAUCUACAGAACUUGCUGCAAGAAGAACUGUCUCCGAUAUCAUCAAGCAACUGCCUGAUGGCAAAGGAUUUACACAGCUGCACAGCCUGGCUCUCGCAAAUAUAGCGCGUAACACGGAGCUGAGGCUUCGUAGCGUGAACUUCUUCUCCCACACGCUGGGAGCUACUGUGCAUCCCAAAUACACUUCGCCAACCCACCCUCGGCAACUCGGAGGUAUGUGGCAGUGGGUCAACAGGAACCUUUACGAUUACCAGGGACGAGGCCAUCCGUCGCCAUUUCGAGUUCUGACACCAUGGGAAGAGCCCUCGGACUGUUGGUGUGCUGCUGCAUCGAAUGACAAGGGGAAGGCUCAGAUUGGUGUUAUUAUACCCCGUGCCAUGAACCCAACUAGCAUCACCAUCGAGCACAUGCCCUCUACAGGUACUCUCGAUAUAGGAGCAGCACCUAGAGAGUUCGAAAUUUGGGUUAGAAGUCGAGCCAGCGCCGAAGCAUCCCGACCUUACAACUCUCAUUUGGGUUGUGGAGAAGCGCCCGAGUCUGGCCUCGUCUGUAUCGGCAAAGCAUCAUACGACAUUCACGCACUCAACCACGUUCAAAACUUUGACCUCGAGGAUGUCGACGGAGAAAUUGGUUUUGUCGACUUUGCUGUUAUCAGAGUCAUCAACAACUGGGGACAAGACUGGACAUGCAUCUAUCGUAUCCGACUGCAUGGUGAACCAGAGCCUGCUGAUGUCAAGAGCGGUGAUCUGGGCGAGCUCUGA